CAUAAGUUAUUUAAAAUAUGAAUAUAUGUGAUAUUAGCCUCGUUCAGACUUUCAGUCCAAAUCUGAUUACUUGUGUAUCCGAUUGGAAUCUGAUCCAAAAAAAAAAAAAAAAAAAAAAAAAAAAUUGAUGUCCACACUGUUUAUAGCAAGUGUUCAGAUCCGAUCUGUGUGUCCAUGGCGCUUUUUCGUUUUCCGGAAUAUCCGCAUUGGUUUCUAUGGCAAUGACGUUGCGUUCGUAGGUAUACGACAAAAACAACCGUAACAUGGAGGGGUUUUCAAUACAGAUGUUGGCUUAUUUACAUCAUAACAACAUGUAGCCAUCGGCGCUGGACUAGUGCGUUAUGAUGAGGCAACGGCAGAAACAUAGGAGGCAGAUCUGGUCCUCACAGUGAUCACAGUUCACACCUGCAGUGAAGCUCCUCCCACAACAAUUCACCAAUAAAUACUGGGAAUAUUCACAAGAGAAAGACAAACUCCAGGUGUAGCAGCUGAAAUCUGUGUGACUGUUAAAGAUGGACUUUAUUAAAGAGGAGACUGAAGACAUGAGUAUUUCAGAGCCAUCCAGAAUAAAAGAUGAAGAUACUGAGGAACAAAUAGACCAGAUGGAGGUGAUGGAGCAAAAACACAAACUGAAAGUUAAAGAGGAGAAACAUGACUUCAAAACUCAAGAAACAAAAGCCAAGAAGCUGCACACCUGCUCAGCGUGUGGAAAGACAUUCCAAAAUAAAUCAAACCUUAAUGGACACAUAAGAAUUCACACUGGAGAAAAACCGUUUACAUGCACUCAGUGUGGAAAGAGUUUCAUACAAAAAGGAGAGCUUAAUAAACACAUGAGAAUUCACACUGGAGAAAAACCGUAUACAUGCACUCAGUGUGGAAAGAAAUUCACAGAUAAAAGAAACCUUAACGCACACAUGAGAAUUCACACUGGAGAAAAACCGUAUACCUGCACUCAGUGUGGAAAGAGUUUCACAAAAAAAGGAACCCUUAAUGUACACAUGAGAGUUCACACUGGAGAGAAACCGUAUACAUGCACUCAGUGUGGAAAGAGUUUUUCUCAAGUAGCAAGUUUCCAUUAUCAUUUGAAAGUUCAUUCAGAUGAGAAGCCUUAUGUGUGUUUCUUCUGCGGAAAGAGUUUUUCUAGGCUGGAUAUAUGUAAACAGCACCAGAAAGCACAUAAUAAUGUGAAAGAUCAUGUGUGUUCGGAGUGUGGGAAGAGCUUUACAACAUCAAGUAAUCUGAAACUGCACCAAAGUGUUCACACUGGAGAAAAAACAUAUACAUGCACUCAGUGUGGAAAGAGUUUCAAACAAAAAGCACACCGUGAUAAACACACGAGAAUUCACACUGGAGAGAAACCAUAUACAUGCAUUCAGUGUGGAAAGAGUUUCACAAAUAAAGGAAACCUUAAUGAACACAUGAGAGUUCACACUGGAGAGAAACCGUUUACAUGCUCUCAGUGUGGAAAGAGUUUCAGACAAAAAGGAGACCUUAACAGACACAUGAGAAUUCACUCUGGAGAAAAACCGUAUACAUGCACUCAGUGUGGAAAGAGUUUCAAACAAAAAGGAGACCUUGAUAAACACACAAGAAUUCACACUGGAGAGAAACCGUAUACAUGCACUCAGUGUGGAAAGAGUUUCACAAAUAAAGGAAACCUUAAUGAACACAUGAGAGUUCACACUGGAGAGAAACCGUUAUAGCUUCUGGAGUGAUCAAACACAAUCACCCAUGCAGGCUCCGUAAUGUCUAGGUUCCCCACUGAGCGCUAUAGCCCUUCUGUACCAUUUGCUCUCCACAUACAGUACACUUCAAAGACACUUAGGAGCAGGGAUGUGCAGAGAGUUCCGCAGGGGCUCAAAUGUAAAAAAGGGGCAAUUCAUGUAAAUAAAUAAAUAGAUAAAUGUGUGUGUGUCAAAAGUUUGGAUACAUUACUGUUUUGUGUUUUUGCCAGAAGUCUCAUCAAGCCUGCAUUUAUAUGAUCAA